CUGGAAGAGACUCCUAUCAGAUCAGAGGGACGCCAUUAAUCAUAAACCAUCUCCUUUAACGUUAUUGGCUUGUCCCUGUUAUUGAAUCAUCGUCUCGUUUCGGAGUGGGGUGCCUUUUCAUUCAACUCCCGCCAGUUAUAUUUUUUAUUUAUUUAUUGUGUUUGAUAAGGUAGCAUUUAUUGACUUGGUAUUGGUAAAAGCGAUCGAUUUUAGUCACGAAGAUGGAAUCUACCAUGUGAUGAUCGACUCCCAGGUCUUCGUUUCUCUUCCUUGACAGCCCAGGUAUUUGGAUGGGUUGAAUUUGAAGACAAUGACUAGUUCUAGUGAAACAGAAGACGAUCAGUUCUUUGACACCCGUGAAGAAAUUUCUUCUGCAUCAGACUUGGGUUCAGAAUCUGAAAGUUGUCCGAGUAAUGGGGUCAUCGAUGGUGCUUUUGCAUAUGACUUCUGGACUAAGAAGCCCAAUAGCGUUCGUGAAAGACGUGAUAAUUUCUUUAAAUUGAUGGGCCUGAGUUUGGAUGGGCACAACAACAGGACUGAUGGAGAUGAAGAAGACGAUCCACGACAUGAAGAUGAGCUGAAGGACUUCAACAGAAUUAUGAACGACAAUGAGGCUGUGCUCGCAAGUUCAGAUUCUGAACCAAUAACUAAUGACGGUGUUACAGAGGAAAAUGCAACAUGGAAAAUCAAGAACUUGGACAACGGUACCGAAUUUGUCGUAGAUAAACAGGAUGAGGAUGGCUCUGUUACCACAUUUCGCGAACUGGGUUCGGAUAAGAUGAUUUCACUCGACGAGCUUCAGAAAACUUUUGGCUCAUCCAAUUUGGUUCAGCAGUUAUUGCGAAAGGACUCCUCAAAGGGAUCGAACGAAAUCGUGUAUUCCAAAAAGAAGUCGAGAAGCAGUUGGCUCCAGAGAUUUAGUGCUGUGGCUCACAUUACAGACAGAAAGAAAGGGUUUCUUGAUAAGACGAACGAGACUAAUUCAAGCACAGGGUCAGGGGUUCGAGUCCGUGCAACUAAAAAGCAUUCGAAAGAACUAUCAGCCCUUUACGCAGACCAAGAAUUUCCCGCACACGAAGGUUUGAUCUUGACGAUGAAGUUCAGUCCUGACGGCCGGUAUCUGGCUAGUGGUGGGGUGGAUGGGGUCGUGCGUGUCUGGAAGGUUCUAGAAGAUGAUAAUGUGAAUAAGUUUAAUGCCAUAGAUUUAGAUCCUUCAGGGUUAUACUUUUGGCUCGAUAAUGUUUCGAAGGUGGCUCCUGUGAGUGUUGUUAAAGAGAACUCGAGUUCGGCGAGGAACUCUUUUGAGUCGGCUCCUGUUGUUCUUCCUCGAAAGCUCUUUCAGUUAUCUGAGAAGCCUUUGCACGAGUUCCAUGGACAUGAAGGGGAGGUUUUAUCUCUGUCCUGGUCUAAGAAUGGGAGUUUGCUUUCAUCUUCAGUUGACAAAACAGUUCGCUUGUGGAGAGUAGGAAAUGAUAAUUGCCUAAGAGUUUACUCUCAUAAUAAUUAUGUGACUUGUGUCGAGUUCAAUCCUGUCGAUAAUAACCAUUUCAUAAGUGGUUCAAUAGAUGGCAAAAUUCGCAUAUGGGAAAUUGAAGGUGGACGAGUUGUUGAUUGGACGGAUAUUAAAGAAAUAGUAACAGCUGUGAGUUAUAGUCCUGAUGGCAAGGGAGGCAUCGUUGGCUCCAUGGAUGGCAAUUACCGUUUUUAUGAUGUCAUAGAUAAUCGCUUAGAAUUAGGUGCUCAAAUGUCCCUGAACGGAAAGAAGAAAUUGCCCGGCAAGAGGAUAACCGGAUUUCAGGUUUUUUUUUCUUUCGCAACAUUUCCAUCUUGCAUUCUUUUACAUGUCAUAAAUAUUAAUGCAUUUACUUAAAAU